AUGAGGGAGGGGUUGGGCCGUAGAGGAGGGAAUGAAGUCGCCUUGACCGCAUCCGAUGCUUCUGCUGACGGCGCAGGAACACGCAGCGAUAUAGUCACACCCGUUUCCAAUGAAGCCUUGAUAGGGUCACAUCGAAGCGACGAUGAAACCAAAGACUCGCAGUUUGCGUCUCCCGAUAAUAAUGGGAGCACUGGCAGGGGUGCGACGAGCGUGAGUUCAGGAAACAGCGGUGGUGGUGACGCGUCAGCGGGGGGCACGUCAGCAGCCGGGGAGACAGCGCCUGAUGCGGAGAAGGAGCUUUCGGCCGUCACUGCCGCGGUGGCAGGUAAAGGCGCUUCGGACGCAGCAGCAGUAAGCGAAGAGGCGAAAGACGCGAAGGACGCGGAAGGAGACGAGCCGAGGAGUGCUAAGACGGCAGCAAGUGCUAGUAGCAGUACCGGUCCUGCUUCUAACGAGGAUAAAGGCAUCCACGUGUUCGUAUCGACGGACGAGACGGACCUCCGGCCGAUCGCCGUGGUGAUCAACUCGACGCUCGUAAACGCGCGCGAGCCGUGGCGCGUGGAUUUCCACCUGGUGGUGCCGGAGAAAAACGUCGCUGCCAUGCGCAAGAAACUCCUGCCGCUCUUCCCGUCCACGCGGAUCGAGAUUGUGAGCAUCAGCCCCUCGCUCGCCAACGGCGCUACCGCCGCCACUGCUGCUGCACCCGCUGCUGCCACAACUGCCGGAGGAGCAGAAGGGGUAGCAAUGGCGACAGCGGGAGAAGGAGGGCCGAUGCGGAUGGGGUGGUGGGAGAAGCUCGGCGCGCUUAUCACGUACAAGGAGGGCAGCGGCGCGCGCAAGGAGCUCGUCUCCAUCUUCAACUUCCUGCCCUUCUACCUCCCCCAGAUGGCGCCGCAAUUCCGCCGGAUCGUGUAUCUGGACGCGGAUGUUGUUGUGGUGGGCGACAUCGGGGAGCUUGCUGACGUGGACAUGGAGGGGCGACCAGUGGCGGCAGUGCAGGACUGCAUGCAGACCUUCAAGACCUACUUUGACUUUGACCAGCUGGCGGCCAUUCAGGCAAGGAACGACCCUUCCAAGCCAUGGAUGCAUCUUCAACCCUGGCAACGCUGGUUACAAAGUAACAUCCUCCCUUUCGCCUGUGUCGCUUCCCCCUUCCCCCAGGCAAGGAACGACCCUUCCAAGCCAUGGAUGCCUUCAGGGCCUUUCGACAGGACCACAUGCGUCUUCAACCGUGGAGUCUUGCUCAUGGACGUGCAACGCUGGUUACAAAGUAACGUCUCCGGAGCGAUAGAGUGGUGGAUGGCCGAGUUCAGCCGCGCACCCAAUCCCCUUUAUAAGUUCGGUAUGUCGCAGCCGCCGUUCCUGUUAACGAUUUACGACCGGUAUAAGAAGCUGGACCGGAUCUGGAACACCCGAGGCUUGGGAAGGGACAGGUUCGGCGAGAAGGAACGGGACUACCUAGCCACGAUCGGGCUCGGGCGGCCACCGAAGCGGCCGUUUGUCAGUUUCUGGGCGGAUUCGGCCAAAAUCUUACAUUUCAACGGGAAAUUUAAGCCGUGGAGGGGGAAGAGGGAGAGGAGGGAAGGAGAUGAGGUAAAGUCAGUGUGUGGGGAGAAGAGGUUCGACUGUGCGAGGUUGUGGUGGCAGUAUUUGUCUCCCGAAGCUGAGGCUGAGCUUCGGCGGAAAGGCAAGGGGAAGAAAGUGAGUGCUGCGACAAACGCUGUGCAAGAUAAGUAG